AUGGAGAAGCCUGUCUGUACGGAUAGACUCUUACGGCCUGAUAAUGAUAAAGAAAAGAAUGAUGAAUUUAGAAUAAAAUGUCUUGGGGCGAAGGAGCGCUCCCGACAGCGUUCCGGGUCGACACGCAGCGUUCCUGUCGCAGCCAAUAUUAAGAGGGAGGUGAAUUUCGACUGUCCUGAAGAGUUUGGUUACUACCCUCACCCUACUGAUUGUACCCUGUACUAUGUUUGUGUAUUUGGCGGCGCACUUAUGGAGUCAUGUACGGGUGGUCUAAUGUACAGCCACGAGCUCCAAACAUGUGAUUGGCCGCGUAACGUUGGCUGUGAUGCCACCGGUACAUUUGUGGGAGAAGAACUAGAAAGACUCAAUGAAAGAAAUCCACCACCACCACCGCCACCUCCACCACCACGACGCACAACUCAACCGCAUUCAGCAAGAGCACAUCCUAACCCUGUUAUUACAUCCAGAGGACAACCUAAGUUUAACAGACAAGAAUAUGAACAGCAACAACAAUUAUUUGCCGAAGUGGAUGACUUGCCUCCCGUAGAAGAAUUGGAGAACGAUAGGCAGCAACGCGUUUAUCGAGGGCAGCCAUCGACGAUUGGUCAAGUUCAAAAAGACAGAGAUGGUUAUAUUGCUCAAUCUAUUACUUCUGGAAGGACAAUUAAUUCUAAUAUUAUACCUGCAUCUAUACCGCAAACAAGUAGUAAAUUUAGUUCAUUUUCAUACGGGACACAAGUUGAUGAAAGAAGAACUGCGACAAUUACUCCAGCUCCUCAAACGUACAGAGCUGACAAUCAUAACGUGACUGACUUUUCUAAGGACAGAGACUUUGACAUUAAGAUAAACCACAUAAACCCAUACGACAGAAUCGACAAAGAGAAAAUAAGAAGCAAAAGAGACCUAGACACACUAACUAACUUAACAAGUGUAGACAAAACGAUUGAUAAAACUGACAGUGAUGACAUAAAUGGUUAUGUUGAUUUUGAUAAUGAAACAAUAUUGGAUGGUGGCUACGGUAGUGAAAAAGUUGAAACAGAUAGAGACAAAAGACAAGUCACAUAUUUGUUAAAAUCUGGAAAAAACUGGCAAAAUUCAAGACCGGUAAAAUUUGUAGACUUACAACAGUUUCCACAAUACAAAUCUAAGUUACAAAAUAAUCGUUACGAAAAUACUUUUAAUAAAGAUAACUUCACUCCAGUAAGUCGUAAACCAUAUUCACUAGAUAAUUUACUUCUCUCGACCGCUAAUCCUUUUUUGUCUUAUGAAACUGAAGGUUCGCAAUCUCAAAGACCUUUUAAACCGAGUCUUCCUGAUCCAUUAAAUCGAAAAUUUACUCACAGUUCUUUGAAUACUCCGUCUCAAAUUUUUAUAAAUAGCUCACCUAUUUCUUCUAUAAAUAACAAAGAAAAUUUAAUUUCAUCUUUGUCUGGAGGAUUUUAUAACAAUGGUCCUAAAGACAGCCAACAGUUAUCUGCAUAUACACAUUCGUCAUCCAACCGACCAAAAACACAUUCAGUAAUUGAUUCUUCUCAAAUUUCUAGUAUGAUUGUUACCAAUAAACCAAUUCAAUUAUCAUCUUUUUCUCAAUCCGGGUACGAUCACAACUUAAAUCAUAAACAAAUGAAACAAAAUCCACAACACACGAAAGAUGAACAAAUGAAUAUCAGAAAUAACCAAAAGUAUAGUCAAGAUCAUUCAUCUAAACAUGAAUAUUAUGAUGAUAGCUAUGAAUCCAAUGAAAAUGAUGAAAUAUCUGAUGAAGAUAAUAAUCAAUAUUUUAAACACAAUUUUCCAAAUCCACCGUAUGCGUUUACCCAUCCUAAUAACAAAUAUGCUGAUAUAGAUAAUCCUUUCGCUAAGCCUAAUUUCGAUUUUGAUGCAUUUUUAACUAAUUUACGAAAUGAUCAAUACUCUACUUUAGAAAUAACGUCUACUCAAUCUAAUUUUCACACUAGUACUUACAAAACGCCGAUAGAAAUAACGUCUUCUUCUUAUAAAACCCCUGUUAGACAAUCGACUAUGUUAAAUUAUAAAGGUGUAAGUACACCUCGUCCUUUUACUCUGUCAAAUAUACUAACCACUACUGAAAGUUUCAUUCCAAAUAAUUUGUUUACAACAAACAAGCAAACACAGAAAUAUCAACCAUUUGCAAUAAAACCGGUAUUUACAGAAUACCAUCAAAAAGCAUAUCUUAAUGAAAACCACUUUAAUAAAAAUACUCCAAUGAAUAAAGAAAUUUUGAACAAUAUUUUACCUAAACUGAAACCACCAAACUUUACGGAUGAGCGUCAAUUGCCUAUAACUUAUAGUUUUAGCAGGCCUAUUGAGACUACAAGAAUUUCAAAUCUUAACGUAUCAAAAUAUCCAAGUAACUUUCCUGUAACUCAAAAGCCAUAUAUUUUAGUAACUAGUACUGGAACACCUUUUGUAAUUUCCACUCCGAAUCAACAUUUAAAAAAUACACAUUUCGUUUCUUCUAUUAAACCUUUCACCAUAUCUGCUGCUGAUCCUACCAGACCUGAGGUAUAUAAUAUAUCUUUUGAGCAGUCUGUACCUAAGUUUUUGACGACUGUUGCUAACGAUCAGCUUUCAACUUUACAAAACUAUUGGAGGAAUAUUACGAAUGGAAAACCGAUAAUCCCACAAUCUACUUUUAGACCAAGUGCAGAAUCGAAUACUCCUCAGUUUGAUAAUUUUUUUACACAAGCUAUUAAGUCAUCAACACAAAUGCCGUACAAAACUAACAAUGAACAUAGUAAUACUCCAAAAGGUUUAAGUUUAACAACAACUAACGCACCCCUAAACCGAAAACCUAUUCCUAAACCCUCGCCAGAAAUGAAUGACUACUAUUACGAUGACGAAGAUGAUAACUAUUAUUAUGAGCCCGUAGUAAAACCAAAAUACAUGCCUAGUUCAGAAGUUAGGCCUCAACGUCCCCCAAUGGCGCAAAACUACCAUGAAUAUGAGGAUAAUAAUGCAAAUAUUGACGAACAAUCAUUAAAAUUUAAGCAAACUAGUCCUAAUCUAAAAAGGCCAAACAAACCAGUGACUCAAAAUCAAAAUGAUAUAUCAUCUUUUAUGGUGAAAAUACCUUUAAAAGAAUCUAAUAAAAAUUUGGGGGGAAAAAUUACACUUCUGCCAUCAUCCUCCCAAAAUUUAAAUACUAUGAAGCACACUGAGAUUUCUAACUAUAAAGUUAAUCAUAAUUUGGUUCAAAAUAGAACAACAAAUGUAAGGAAACCGAUACACAGUGAAAGUGGUCCACACACAGUCAGACCUCCAAAAUAUUUAAAUCAAACUACUCUAAGACCAUAUACUGUAAGGCACAGAUUAGCUAAGCCAAUCGUCACUGAAGGAUUUGAAAUUGUGGAAAACAAACAAACCAAGGGAAGGGUUAGGCAUCCAAAUAUUGUAGCAGAGAUGCUUACCACCCCUCGUGAUAACUACAAUCAGGAAACUAGAUAUACAAAGUCUAAACAUGAUGGUAAAUCUAACAGCCUGGAACCAACUGAAAGGGUGACACCAUCCUCUUUUUCGCCAAGUCCACGACCAAAAAUGCUCUACAAUGGAUCACAGAACUACAGUCCUGAUCAAUUUGAUCCUUUUUAUGCCGUCUACGAUGAAGAUGGGGAGCUUUACAAAGAUACAGAUUACGUCCAACAAUAUAAUACAGCUUCACUGCGACCUGUGAUCCAACAGACGUACCGAGGGACACCGCCUCCUACUCGUAGGCCUGUCGAGAGUUACACACCCAAACCAGUAGUUUCAGACGAUUAUGAUGAUGUUCUAAUUCAAGAACAGAUCAAUAACCCGAAUCAGUAUCAAACACCUGUUCGUCAUUCUCCAAGGGGCGAAGGUAAUGAACUGGGCUAUGAACAUAACCCGAACAACGUGCGGACAACUGUUUAUGAAGCUACUUCUUUUAGAACUAGUCCUUCUACAACUUCCACAACCACAACCACAACUACCACCACACAACGCUCUACUACUGCACUCUUCACUGAAGCUAUGACCCCAUCACGAUUUACUUCAAGAUUCUCUGCAGAUGAAAAUACUGGUUCCUCAACCCAACAUUCUUUUACUGAAUCCACUUCAGUUCCUCCCACCCUUCCACCAGUCAUAAAUAUUUCAUCCCGAGCAAAACCCUUUGGAAUGACUGAUAACUCCCACCGUUAUAGCGUAGACGAUGAAAUCCCAUCUGAUAGUACUACUAAAGUACUUAGAGGUAAAGUUAAAAAUGUAAUAAAAACCUUCUUUAAUAACUUAGUAUUACAUUCAAAAGACACGGAAGAUAUUUAUGUUUCUACUCCUAAAAUUACUUCCACUACAUCCGAAACUAUUGUUAAUAUAGGAUAUCAGAAAAAAAAAUUUAAUUAUGUUGAUGACAAGUCCAUUAGAGGUAACGUCAAGUAUUUAGAAAUUAUAACAAAACCAAGUGUAAGUAGAUUUAUACCUCCAAGUAUUGAUUCAUUCAGUUUCACAGAAUCUUUUGACAGCGUUCAAAAAGGUUUGCCUUUAGAUGCUUUUUCUACUCCAUCUUUUAUAACUACUACGCCUAUUCCUAUACAAAUCGACUCGGAAACAUCAGUCAAAGUAACAAAAAGCUCUGAAGGCAACGAUAUAAAUAAUAGUUCCGUAUCAGUGCCAGUUGAAAAAUCACACAAAUAUCAAAAUAACGCACUGUUAACCAAAAAUAGUGAUAACCUAAAUAUUUCCAACAUCGACGUCAUGCAUGAGUUUAUAAAACCAACGACAGCGUACGAAGAUGAAAUUGUAACAACGACCGAGAUGGACCAACAUCAACCUAUACUUGCUAUAGCUGAUGUUGCUUCAACAACUAGUACCACAAAAUCGACUACGACCGUAAAGCUUGAACUGAAAACAACGACUAAAAGUUUAUCCUUUCCGACAAGAGCCUCACGUGUAAAUCCUGCUAUAAAAUUAGCUGCGGCAAACCUUGGAGGUGGGCGCAGGAGUUACCAAUCGUCGACCAAUUGCUCAUCAGACAACAGUCUGCAAGCGAAUCCAAAAUGCAACGAAAUCAAAUAUCAGAGGCCAAGUAGCACACGUGGUAGGGGCUCAGCGCAUUAUUCCACAUCAGGCGGUUCGGAGGCGCCUCAACAGCAACAGCAAUCUAAUAGAGGAACACCACCAACUCGCAGUCGUCCGACCCUCAAACCAUCGACAGCUAUUGUUUCCGAAAAUACCAAGUUUGUGGAUAUAUACGCUAAUCCACCAAGACGACCAGACCCAGUUUAUCCACAACCCACUCCGGACAAAACUGCGGCCAAAUGCAGGAAAGAUGUCUGCUUGUUACCUGAUUGCUAUUGUGGUGGCAAGGAUAUUCCCGGUGACUUACCGGUGGAGAGUGUGCCACAAAUUGUUCUCCUGACGUUUGAUGAUUCUGUUAACGAUCUAAACAAAGUUCUGUAUACUGAUCUAUUUGAAAAAGGCCGUGUGAAUCCAAAUGGUUGUCCAAUUAGUGCUACAUUUUAUGUGUCACACGAAUGGACUGACUAUAGUCAAGUACAGAACCUAUACGCUGCGGGACAUGAGAUGGCUUCGCAUACGAUUUCCCACAGUUUUGGAGAGCAAUUUUCCCAAAAGAAAUGGAAUAGAGAAGUAGGCGGUCAAAGAGAAAUAUUGGCAGCUUAUGGUGGUGUAAAAUUGGAAGAUGUUCGAGGCAUGCGAGCUCCUUUCCUUUCUGUUGGUGGAAACAAAAUGUUCAAAAUGUUGUACGAUUCUAACUUUACUUAUGAUUCUUCACUGCCUGUUUAUGAAAAUAGGCCACCAAGUUGGCCAUACACUCUGGACUACAAAUUAUUCCAUGAUUGCAUGAUUCCGCCUUGUCCAACAAAAUCUUAUCCAGGUGUCUGGGAGGUACCUAUGGUUAUGUGGCAAGAUUUAAACGGUGGUAGAUGUUCUAUGGGAGACGCAUGUGCCAAUCCUCCUGAAGCUGAAGGUGUAUACAAAAUGCUUUUAAAGAAUUUUGACAGACAUUACACAACUAACAGAGCUCCAUUUGGGCUAUUUUAUCACGCAGCGUGGUUCACUCAGCCACAUCAUAAAGAAGGUUUCAUUAUGUUUUUGGAUUACAUAAAUAAAAUGAAGGACGUAUGGAUCGUUACCAAUUGGCAAGCUUUGCAGUGGGUUCGGGAUCCGACUCCUAUAUCAAGGCUCAAUAACUUCCAGCCUUUCCAAUGCAAUUAUCAGGAUCGUCCCAAGAAAUGUAACAACCCAAAGGUCUGCAAUCUUUGGCACAAAUCUGGCGUAAGAUAUAUGAGAACAUGUCAGCCCUGCCCCGAAAUAUAUCCCUGGACUGGGAAAACUGGAAUUAAAUCAUCACGUAUCGAUAAUGAAAUCGAAGAAUAA